AGGCAAGUAAACAAAAGAGGCAUAGAGUGUAUGCAUGGCAUGAGUGUUAUACUUAUGGUAGAGUAGUUGUAGUUGUCAAAAUUCACAAUCUCUCUUUAAUAUUUUCUCCUUCUCCUUCACGCCGCCUCUCUAACCUUAUUUACCAACACACACAUUAACACUUCACUUUCUUUGCAUUUCUUUUUCUUAAUCGUUUUUCUAAAUUAUCAGACAUAAUUCAGCCGAUCACCCUUUUCAAAUUAAUAGAUUUUGUUUCUUUUUUGUUUAUUCUGUUCACUUUGUCUACGGCUUCUUCAUUGUCCUGUUAAUGCUGUCACUGGGGCUUGUGUUUGGAUUGGAUGUUCAUUGCCUUGUAUGCACUCCUUUGUUUGGCAGAAGAGGAUUCCUUGAAUUUUGAUCAACAAUACAAAAAAUGGAAGUUGAGAGGCCCGAAUUGGAUUUUGAUGAAUUUGAGAUGCUUCUCGGAGAGAUUCCGAAUGCUACUUCUGGGAUUCCGCAUUCUGAUGCAGCUGCAGCUAAAAGCGCGUCGCAAAACGGUGGGCUGCCUUCCAUCUCUGUGAAUUCAUAUAAAGGUCCUUUGACCGAAAAACUCCAUAGCAAAGGGAGUCUAGAUGAGCUAAAGCUGUCAAUCAGUAGAACUCAAGGAUCUUCUAUCAAAAGAGUCCAACCCGAGGUAGCAAAUUUGCCCGAUGAUCAAUCCCUGACAUCUGCAUUUGCGGAUUUAAGCUUUAGUGCUGAAAGUGAUUCAGCUACGUUUACGUCCUCACUCAAAGCUUCCAGUAUUAGUUCAUCAAUGAAAGGCUCUCCAUCUUUCCAAUCAUCAAAUGCUAUGCCUUGUGGUUUUGAUGAGUUUAGUGUAAAAACAGUUAAUGGCCAUGAAAUGAAGCAAAUUCCAGCUGGUUAUCGCCAUCCUCGACCAAUAGAAAACUUUUCCACUGCCUUGCCACUGGCUCAUGGUGUCCCAGGCUUUCAGUUUGUUUCCAAUGUGGGUGUGUCUGGUGUGGAGUUUCCUUUAAUGUCUGAUCAGCGACAAUACUAUAGGGAUGUGCAAUCUGUGCUUCCUUGCAUUCAUCCACAGCAUCUGAACCAGCCUCAUAUAAGCUGGAGAAAUUUUGAUGAGGAGCAAUAUUAUAGGAUGAUGCCUCAGCAAUACUUGUAUCUGCAGCAGCAAUUGCGUAAUCAACGAUUGGAAGCUCAGCGCCCUGUUCAUGGCAAUGGAAAUGCUGCAGCAAAGCUGAUGAAUCGAAAUAUGAGACAACCAUAUUUUGAAGUUCCAAUCUCUCAUCAACUUCAGCAAUCUAAUCAAGAACAAUUUUGGAACAAUUACGCAGUCACAAGGGGUAUUAAUCAAUCGCACAAUGGUAUAAAUAUUUUGGAUAAAUUAGGAAAACAAAAUUUUCCUGAAAAGAUUCUAACAAGAUCACAAGGAUUGAACACAUUUAAAACUGUGAUGUUUGGUUCAGCCGGAGGAAAUGAACCGCUUGUAAAUCUUAAUCAACAUGGGAAAGUUAUGUCAAAUGGUCACCAUCGCCAUAACUUAUCAACCUCUAGCACUGGAUGCUUUCAGUUGGAUCAUUUUAGCUCAUGGAACUUAUCUGAUGAUAUUUCUGAUCACAAAAGCACUAAUGUUAGGCCUCAGCCUCAGAAAUAUAAUUCUGUGGAUGAAGUCACUGGCAGAGUAUAUCUCAUGGCAAAGGACCAACAUGGUUGCCGCUUCUUGCAAAGAAAAUUUUCUGAGGGCACUGCACAAGAUAUCGAAAAGAUUUUCGUUGAGGUCAUUGAUCACAUUGUUGAGCUGAUGACAGACCCAUUUGGAAAUUACCUAGUCCAGAAGUUGCUUGAAGUGUGCAAUGAGGAUCAGCGAAUGCAAAUUCUCUGUUCCAUCACUAGGAAAGCUGCGGAACUUGUUAGGAUUUCUUGUGACAUGCAUGGGACUCGUGCUGUUCAGAAGGUAAUUGAGACCCUGAAGACCCCACAGCAAUUUUCCAUGGUUGUUUCCUCUCUAAAGCCUGGCUUAGUGACUUUGAUUAAAGAUAUGAAUGGUAAUCAUGUUGCACAGCGCUGCUUGCAGUUUUUAUCACCCGAGUACAGUGAGUUCCUUUUUGAAGCUGCAACUGCUAACUGUGUUGAACUUGCUACUGAUCGCCAUGGCUGCUGUGUACUUCAAAAAUGUCUUAGUCACUCUGAAGCUGAGCAAAGAAGCCGUUUAAUCUCUGAGAUAACAUCAAAUGCUCUAAUUCUUUCCCAAGAUCCGUUCGGGAACUAUGUGGUGCAAUUUAUCUUUGAGCUUCAUCUUCCAUGGGCAAUCUGUAAUAUUCUUGAUCAGCUGGAGGGUAACUAUGGGGAGUUAUCUAUGCAGAAAUAUAGUAGUAAUGUGGUAGAGAAAUGCCUUAAAUAUGCAAGCGAGGAACGCAGAGCUAAUAUUACUAAGGAGCUGAUAAGUAAUGUUCACUUGGAUCAAGUCAUGCAAGAUCCUUAUGGAAAUUAUGUUAUUCAGGCAGCGCUGCACCAAUCAAAGGGAGCAUUGCAUGCUGCAUUGAUAGAAGCCAUAAGACCCCAUGUUCCCGUCCUUCGAACUAGUCCAUAUGGGAAGAAAGUCCUCUCGAGUAACUGUUUGAAGAAGUAAUUUUGUAGGUAAAGGAAUGCUUGGAGCUUGGGGUUGGUGUUUUUGAAGUUUUAUAGCUGGAAAGAAAGAUUUAACUGCACAGAUAAAAGUCUUGCAUGAUUUUUGCUUCUGAUUUGUAGAUCAGUUUUGCUUCCCUUCCUUCCUUCCUUUUGCAUAGAAAUAAAAGCAAUGCGGAGAUUGUAGAGUUUUACUUAAUUUGUUGUUCAAGCUCAAUGCUUGUUGGGUAGUUGCAGGUUAUUUAUAACUUAUUAAGAUUAUUAUUUCUGUUUUCAUAUGUACAAUUAUUAUUUUUC